GUCUGAGGCAGAGCAUGUUUACGCUAAGAGUCUAAACAAGUUGGCUGCUAAAUUGUUGAAAGCAUGCAGCACUGGAGUAGGCUCACUCACAGAAGGCUGGAAGACAGUGGGCACAGCCAUGGAGCAGGAAGCGGAGCUCCACAAAAACCUUGCUGGUGGUCUGCUGGAGGACAUAAGCAAACCUUUGAAGGGGUUUGUGGAGCAGCAAGGGAAGGCUCGCAAACCUAUUGAGCUGAUGGUGGACAAGUCUUAUAAAAACAUCAUGGACCGGAGAGCAGAUGAGUUUAAGAGCAAGAAGCACUCUUACUCUUGCUGCAAGGAAUAUGAAAAGGCAGAGUCCUCAGCAACUGAUGCUCGAAAUGCUGGCAAAGGCAAAGAUGUGGGCAAGAGCGAAAAGAAGAGCAAACAGAUGCUGGCCUCCCUCAAGAAAGCUGACAAAGAAUACACAGAGGCAAGCUACAAGGCAGAGUCUGCAAGGCAAGACUGGGACAUGACUGUGGCUAAGGCCAGCACAUCUAUGCAAGAGUUGGAGGAGGAGAGGCUCAAAACUAUGCAAGAGUAUCUGAACAAAUACAACAGUCACGUAUCCGUGUUGUCACCAAAACUUACGCAGUACUUUGACCGACUCAACGAAGCUGUGAUCACAGUGGAUCUCCAGAAUGACCUUCGCACUAUUGUUCAAGAGAAAGGGAUGAAGGGCCCUCGACAGCCUGAGCAGAUUCUUCUGGACUGCUAUGCUGAAGAUGGGCAGGUGUCUUUGAACAAUGAGAGACGCAAAGAAGCACUCAAGAAUUAUCUCAUUCAUCUUCAUCAGUUCAUAGAAAAGGAAAGGAAGGGGAAAGAGGGAGUGGAGAAGCUUGUGGAAGUGUACAGAAACAAACCCAGCUUUGCAGAUCCAGAAACGCAACAAGAUACAAGGCAAAAGCUGGAACAAACGACCUUCAUGCUCAACUUCCUGGAAGCCAGUCAUUUCAAAGUCAAUAGCUACCUUUGCAAAACGGAAGGGAAGUCCGUGCCGAGUAGUAUGUUUGCCCAGUACAUAGAGACUGUUCGAGACAAGCAGAAUUAUCUCGUGAGCACUCUGCGUCUGCCCUUAAACUUGGCCUUGGAAGGCAACUCUGACUACAUGUCCCAGAACCUACCCAAUGAUUACUACCAGGAGCUCAACUCGCCUGAUGAUGAUUUUAGUGAUGAUGAUUUCCCCUCUCCCACUGUAAUUGGUCAUUGUCGAGCCAUCUAUGAUUACGAUGCAAGCCAAUCAGAUGAGCUAAGUAUAAAGACAGGUGAUGUGAUUGGAAUAUAUGAGAAACUGGGAGACGGCUGGUGGGAGGGGGAACUUCAUGGUGUUCGUGGCAUCUUUCCCUCUACUUAUGUACAAGAGACAUAGAGAGCAGACGCUGGACAUUUUAUUUGUUUUCUGUUACACAAGAGGACAAGAGGAGUUACAUUGCAUUGACUCAACAUUGUGAGUGAUUCUGGUAUCUGAACAAGAGAGAUGGAAAUAUUUGUGCAUUCAAAAGUUUUGGCGGAAUUGACUGUGACUUGAAUAACUACUGCAGCCAUCGGUGUUCCAAGCGGAUUGUACUGGACAGAAUUGUUUGUGCAUGCUCACAGUGAUUGGUGGAUCGUGCAAGACUGUGUGUUGAGGACAUUUACGUGCAUUGGGAGGAGUUUGUUGAGGAUACAAGCUUAAUGACUGUUGACUGUUGAAUUGUUGUGGAAAGGUGUAAAUAUAGAUUCCUUAUAGAGUGUAAUUUUCUCCAGAAAGCACACGUUUUAGUGUAACUCACUCUUCUCCACAUAUUAUUAGAUUUGUUGAUUCCUCACUUGCUGUUAGUCUUUCAGACAUGGCUGUUUGGAGUUGGCAGCUUGUACCUACCGCCUUCAAAGUCCUCCAAGAAUAUAUUGUCUUGGCACAGCAUAAAUCAAAUAUUUCUAGUUACAAUACAGCAUUGCUCUUCAUUCUCUUAAACAAUAAAAAAAAUUGUAUAUUUUAAAUCUUAACACAUUACUCCCCAGCUCGCCUGGGAUCACACAUUAAUUUCUCUAUGCUCCACCCUAACACACCGGAAUCAGUCACUCAGACAAGGCAUCUUUAGAAAGGAAGUCUUGCUUUGACGAGACUCUGGUGCUGAGAUUUAAUUUCAUAUAGUUAUUGCUUUGCAAAAUGUUUUUUCUUCCCUUUGGUACUGUACCAUUGUAAAAUGUUUUUUCUUUCGUUUGGUACCGAAGCAAAAUUUUUCGGUCCAGUACUCUCUAAAGGUGGCUGGAAAAGGUGAAAAGCAAUGCAGUUGAGCUGGUAUAAAAAAAUAGAGAUGUAUAUGAGCCUGAACAAGCAAGUGAUGAAUCAAAUGAAUCAGAUAUAGAUGAAAACAUAGUAGCAGGAAGGGGGGGGGGGGAUUCAGAUUAAUCAGAUGCAGAAUCUAGAUUUAGAGCCCAGCACAAGUCUGAUAGUGAGAACAGCUGGGUGGACACCCUGUUUGAAGUAAACCUGGAACAUUUCAAAGAACCUGUGCAUAUGAAGUUGUAUUUUUCUGAAACUACAUUCAUUUCUCUUCCUCCUUUUUUUCAGAAUUUUGGGAAUUCGUUUUUGCAUUUUUGAAAUAUUCUUUAAAAUACUAGUUUUCAUGGAUGGUGAGUUACCUGGACUUGCUAGGAUUCGGGAAUACACGGAGGGCUUCUUGGCUGUAUUAUGUAAUUAAAAGGACCAGACAUUAGAUCUUUUUUUUCCUUUUACACAAUAUUUUUUUUCUUUCAAGUCAAAACCUUUGCUAUGUUAUCAUUAAGAUGGGAAUGAACGAAUUUUCUUCAGUUACCACAAAAGCAAGAUGGUAAUACAGAUGUUUGCAACAAAUUUAAAUGCCAGAUUCUGGAAACAGAAAACAUUCGCCAUUACGUAUUAAGAGACACUUUUUUACUGAUUGAGAUUAAGAUGCAUAUUAUCCAAGUGGUUUGCUUUCUAUUUGUUUGGGCAUAUAGAAGAACCAUGUGCACCUGUUCUGUUAUCUUGUUUGUUGAUUUAUGUUGCUGCUUAUUUUGUUUUGUUUUGUUUUUUCUUUAAGACCGCAAGGCUUUGGAUGCUGACAAAGCCAGUACAUUACGCAGAAGCACAAUAUUGCCUGGUAAUUCUGAAUUUGCUUAAUGUUUACCUCGUGUGGAUUCUUUUGUAGUUACACUUGUAGCUCUUUUCUUUAUGCUUAUUUGUCUCUUUUUGAAAUGUGACACAGAGACAAAGAAAAUUUUUGUUGUAUUUACUCUUUAUUCUUUAUUUUUGUGGUCUCGUUUCCAGGAGCGAGUUUGCUCAUGGAAUAGAUUUGAUGAAUCAAAGUU